AUGUCUGGAAGGCUGUGGUCCAAGGCCAUUUUUGCUGGCUAUAAGCGGAGUCUCUGGAACCAGAGGGAGCAUACAGCUCUUCUUAAAAUCGAAGGUGUUUAUGCUCGAGAUGAAACGGAAUUCUAUCUAGGCAAGAGAUGUGCUUAUGUGUACAAAGCAAAGAACAACACAGUGACUCCUGGUGGCAAACCAAACAAAACCAGAGUAAUCUGGGGAAAAGUAACUCAUGCUCAUGGAAACAGUGGCAUGGUUCGUGCCAAAUUCCAAAGCAACCUUCCUGCUAAAGCCAUUGGCCACAGAAUCUGUGUGAUGCCGUACCCCUCAAGGAUUUAA